AAUGAGUAGAGCAAAUAAAGGAUACAGUGGGAGCUAACCGUGGAUGAUCUUGGAUUUAACAGCUGGUUCCUGUGAAAACUAAGAUUCAGAAACUUAUGGCGUGAAGGGCCCAUUCUUGGCCUUUGUCACUCUACAGCUAAUGGAUGUCUUUACCCACUAUGCCUACAAUGACAGUUUCUAUGAUAAUGGAACAUGGAGCUUCAACGAUACAGAUCAAGAGCAGAAGCACCCCUACAACUACUACGCCAUGCUGCUCACUCUGCUCAUCUUCGUCAUUGUCUUCGGCAACGUGCUGGUGUGUAUGGCUGUGUCCAGGGAAAAGGCUCUGCAGACUACCACCAACUACUUGAUCGUCAGCCUGGCUGUUGCUGACCUUCUGGUGGCCACACUUGUUAUGCCCUGGGUCGUGUACUUAGAGGUGGUGGGGGAGUGGCGCUUUAGCAAGAUCCACUGUGACAUCUUUGUCACUCUGGAUGUGAUGAUGUGUACAGCCAGCAUCCUCAAUCUCUGUGCCAUCAGCAUUGAUCGCUACACGGCAGUUGCAAUGCCAAUGCUGUACAAUACCCGCUACAGUUCCAGGAGACGGGUCACAGUGAUGAUCUCUGUGGUUUGGGUACUGUCUUUCGCCAUAUCCUGUCCCCUGCUGUUUGGCCUAAAUAACACAGCUACUCGCGAUGAGUCUCUCUGUGUGAUCGCCAAUCCAGCCUUUGUGGUAUACUCCUCCAUUGUGUCCUUUUAUGUACCCUUCAUCAUUACUCUGCUCGUUUAUGUCCAAAUUUAUGUGGUCCUGAGGAAGCGCAGAAAACGUGUCAACACAAAACCAAAGCAGCGUGUCUGUCAGGCUGCCGACCCUGAUGUGGCCACCUCGCUAAAGGAUAAGUGCACUCAUCCAGAGGAUGUGAGGCUGUGCACCAUGAUUGUUAAAACUAAUGGGAGUUUUCCUGUCAAUAAGAAGAAAGUGAUAUUUAUCAAAGACGUGGUCAAUGUGGGAGAAGAUUUGGAGCUGGAUGAGUUGAACAACAGUGGAAGCAGCGUGAAACAGAAGCAGCACACACAAGGUGCUCUUGGAGACACUCCAGCCACGAGCCAUCAGCUACUGAUGCCUAACAAGGCCAGCGCUAGCCCCGUCUCGACACCUCCCACACCUCGCAAGGAGGGCCAGAAAGCAGAAAAGAAUGGAGAUCCUGCUAAGGAGACCCUGGGGGAUCCAGCACCCAUCGUAGCCAAAGCCUUCCAGACACAGGCCUUACCUAAUGGCAAGACUCAGACUUCUGUGAAAACACUGAGCAAGAGAAAGAUCUCCCAGCAGAAGGAAAAAAAGGCUACUCAGAUGUUAGCCAUUGUACUUGGUGUAUUCAUUAUAUGCUGGCUGCCGUUUUUCAUCACACACAUCUUGAACACCCACUGCACCAAAUGCAAGGUUCCUGCUGAGAUGUAUAAUGCAUUCACCUGGCUGGGCUAUGUGAAUAGUGCUGUAAAUCCCAUCAUAUACACUACCUUUAACGUUGAGUUCCGAAAGGCAUUCAUUAAGAUCUUGCACUGCUGAGCUGCAACAUCACUUAUCUGAUCAGACUGAGACAGAAGUGGUGAAUGAAAGCAUAUCCUGUGGCAAAUACCUCAUCCUGUUAAGGAAAAUGCACCACAUGGGGAAAAUGCGAUCUGGUCUUUUAACACAAUGGAGUUGAGUGACUGGGAAAAACAAAAAAACAACAAAACAAACAAAAAAAAAAAAACUGGCUGUUUUGUCUUGAAAGGCGUCUUGGAUCUAUAUGUUAAAUUUUGUGUGGAGUCCCGUUCUCCAAAUCACUGAAUGUAAAACAAGAAAUGUCUGUAACAAUUACCUGUUUUAUGGAGGGGAAAAAAGUAACAUGUCAUUGUUGUGCUUGUCAUGUAAGGAGCCAUCUGUGUAUACCACACACAUGCAAGUUGCUAUUUCCUGUAUGUGCAUUUUAUGUUUUGUUCAUAGAAAUUUUCUGCAAAUAAAAAU